CUUUUCGGGCAAGUUUGAACGCGAGGCCGACGCGACGCCAUUACGGACUCCUGCGCAGUGGUGAGAGGCAAGGCCCGCACACGGUAAAUAGUCACCCCUGUUGGCUAAGCUAGGCUCCUUUAUUAAUCCUGUAAAGUGCGCUGACGCCGGAAAGACUAGAGCAAGUAAGCGCUGAGAGGCAGGGAGGGGCAGAGAGGAACGCAGCGUCCGCCGCCGCCUUCGCCGCCUGCGCCCGGCGGCCGAGCCCAUGGGCGAGUCAAACACAAUGCCAAAGAAGAAGGAUGCUUCUCCUGAACCAGAGGAGGAACAAGAGGAGCAGGAGGAGGAAUAUUCGGUAGAAAAGAUUUUGGACAAGAGAGUCCGAAAUGGUAGAGUGGAAUACUACCUGAAGUGGAAAGGUUAUGGCGAUGAAGACAACACUUGGGAACCUGAAUCUCAUCUUGAAUGCCCAGAAUUAAUAGCUGAAUUUGAGGACAGAAGAAAGAAAGAAGAUGCGAAAAAGAAAGAGGAGAAGAAGCGGAAAGCCCAGACAUCAGAUGAUCCAUCUAAAAAGAAAACCAAGAAAGCUGUGGAAGAGGACAGUCGACCCAGAGGAUUUGAUCGUGGACUUGAAGCUGAAAGAAUUAUAGGGGCAACUGACUCAAGUGGAGAGUUGAUGUUCCUAAUGAAAUGGCGAGGGACAGAUGAAGCGGAUUUAGUACCAGCAAGGCAGGCAAAUGUUCGUUGUCCACAAGUUGUCAUCAAAUUCUACGAAGAGAGGCUUACCUGGCAUUCGUCAACCAAUGAUGAGGAAGAAGGCAAUCAUGAGGCUGAUUAGAUUAUAUUUUUUUAAUGUUAAGACCUCUCUUCUUCUUUCAAGUAGGCAAUUAUCUAAGGGAUCAUAAUGGAUCUUAAUGGUGUACUAGUUAGUGUUUAGAUAUAAGUAGGAGAGUAAAGUACAUGUGUCUUCAUCAAUUUUCUUUAAAGAAUAGGAGUAGGAUCAUCUGAUAAUCACUUAUACCUGCGAGUUACAGAAGUCAUUUUUAUAUAAAGUCAUGAUGUUGCUUUUCCUUAUUUUUGCAAGUAGAGAUUUUUUGUAAUAGGUCUGAAAAUAUUUUUUAUUUUCAAGUGUGAAAUAUAGAUUGUACAACUAUUUCACUUAAGGGUCCAUGUCAUGUGAAUUUUUUGUUUCAGUAAUUGUAGAGUAAUUGGCUUGUGGAUUUUCUGUAAACCUGUGAUUUUUUUCCCUUUCCACUUAUAUGUAGGUGUUGCUAAGUAAACUUUUUUUUUUUAUUAUAAUUUUGUCUUCCCUUUUGAAAUCUAUAGUCAUACCAAUCUCAACUGUAAAACAGUGUAAAAUGUUACCAUGUAUAGUUUCUUCAUUUUGUUAGGUUGAUUAUUUUGCAUUUGUUCCUAAUCACCAUUCCCCAAGCAAGUAUGUGAGUGCAGGAAGCAUGUUUGUUUCUCUUGGUGCACUGCUUUCCAGUUUUAAAAUUCCUUUCUCUUCCAUUAAGGAGAAAAUCUGGCUAACUAAAGGAAAUUAGUCCCAUAAAAAGUAGGUGGCACUGAAACAAGUAUGCCUGAAAGUACCUCUCUAUAGAGAUGUUACUUAGAUGGAGAUUUGUUUUAUUUUUGUCUAUAUUACUAAAAAAAAAAAAAAAAAAAAAAAAAAAAAAAAAAAAAUCCAUGGAGCUCACUAGGGCAGGAAGGCAUUUUUUCAGUGCAGAUAUGCUGGAAAUGUAACUCACUCUUUUUUAUAUACGACAUCCAAGGGAAGUAGUGUAUGAAUUGACAAAGGAUUUGUGCAUUGAGCAUUUUAUGUAAAGUCCAUUGUUUCCAUUUCAUUGUACAGUUUGUUUUAUUGAAGAAAGAGUCUGCUAGAGUAACCGUCCUCUCCAUCGACAUGUUACAUCUAUUAUGGAGAGGUUCUAGUUAUUUAGUCCCCUUGUAACCACAGUACAAAAGUGGUUCUCUAGUUGACAUGAUUAGUUUAUUGCUUGGAAAUAAAGUAGUUAAGUCUC